UCCGGUUCCGGUCUGCUCAGUGUUUUGCUGUGGCGCUUCUCGUCCUCCGGCAGCAGAUUGUUUCGGCGCUCCUCUUUGGUUUGUCCUUUUUUAGCCGCUCACAUGUUCCGCGCUCCGGACAGACCUCAGCGGAGUCCUGGAGCUCCGCGGCCGGCUGGGAGUUUCUGUUCCCCGUCGUCCGGCUGGGGCUUCCCCCGCUCCCCCUACGGAGGCUCCCCUUACGGGGGCUCCCCGUACAGAGGCUCCCCGUACGGAGGCUCCCCGCACGGAGGCUUCCCGCGGGGCUACUCCCCCUACUCCCCGUGCUCUCCGGGCUACUCUCCGGGUUCUAACCGGGGUUACAGGGACGGCUCUGCAGCCGGGUUUGGCAGCGGAUCGCGGGGGUUCGGGGGUCCGAUGCGACAAAGGGGAAAUGGCUUCCGGCGGCCUCAGUCCUACAAUCCCACCUCAGCUCCGAACUUCAAGUCUUCAGACGCUCCUGUGCAGAAAUACUUCAACCCGUCCAUGAUGCAGGAUCCAUGGAAAAAUCUGCAGCCCGUUACCACCACGGACGCUGCUGCUGCCAGGAGGAGCACGUGACAGGAAACAGCACCAGCAGUGACUACAUGACAUCACCAGCAGGGAUCAAUAACUGUGAUCAGAUAAACUGAAGUUUUUAAUUAGAUGUUGUAAAUGUUUUUAAAACUUGAUGUUUUAAUCUGUUUGUAAAAAAAGUUUUAAGCUUUUUCAAAUAUAAAAAGUUUGUAUUCUGUUUUAAA